AAAAAAUACAUCUCACAUUUAAAAUCGAAUUAUAUUUAUAACCAAUUCUCUAUUUGAGAAAUAUGUCCGCCGAUGUAAUCUGUUUUCUUUUCCUCCUCUCGGUAAUAUCAAUUUGACGGUGUUGUUUAUCUGUAGUAAGGGGAACUUGAAACCGCCCCUUGCCCCAUUUCCUCGGUUGUUUUUCUUCUUUCGCCUGUAUUCUCCAUGUUGUUGGAGCGAAAAGUGAGGUCUUCGCAGAGACAGGAAGGGGCCGUUCGGUUCCGAAAUAUACUAGCGAUAAAGUAAACCGAGACGCGCAGCCGAGGAAAACAUAUCCAAGCGCCCUGCCCCUCCCAGAAGAAGCAAGAAAUAAAGAAGCAUUGUUGGUGAUGAAUUGUAGCGUCUUCCAUAUCCAACAAAGCCACGGAUGACAGUUAUCAAGGCAAUCAUUUAGUAACUUGUCAAUAUAACCUAAUGAAGGCUGCUUAUCUCUGUUUGGGGAACGGAUUGGAUUUUGAGGGCUCUGUGCUUGUCAGAUGGAAAGUUCUAUCAUCACUCAAGUGCAAAAAGAAGACAUUCAAUUGUCACCGAAAACAGGCGAGGUGAGCAGAUCUUCUCUGAAGAAGCCUAGGAGCUGUAACAUCUUCAAAGCACUCUUCUGUUGCCUCAGAGGAGCACAGGAUGCCCGAAAUCCACCAUCACCUUCACAAGAUGCCUUGCUGGAGCCACAGGACAAUGGGGACGUUGUCAAGCUGUCAUCAGGGCCCAGCCUGCUGCCUGAGAUGACACCCCAGGACCAGGGGAAGAUAUGUGUGGUCAUAGACCUGGAUGAGACACUGGUGCAUAGCUCAUUCAAGCCUAUCAGUAAUGCAGAUUUCAUAGUGCCUGUGGAGAUUGAGGGGACCACACACCAGGUAUACGUGCUGAAGAGGCCGUAUGUGGAUGAGUUUCUACAACGAAUGGGAGAGCUGUUUGAGUGUAUUCUGUUCACUGCCAGUCUUGCCAAGUAUGCAGAUCCAGUGACUGACCUGUUGGAUCAGUGCGGGGUAUUCCGGGCACGGUUGUUCCGGGAGUCCUGUGUGUUCCACCAGGGAUGCUACGUCAAAGAUCUCAGCCUGCUGGGCCGAGAGCUCCAUAAGACCCUCAUCCUAGACAACUCUCCUGCCUCCUACAUCUUCCACCCAGAGAAUGCUGUUCCUGUGGUGUCCUGGUUUGAUGAUGUGGAGGAUGCUGAGCUGCUCCACCUGCUGCCUGUGUUUGAGGACCUGAGUCAGGCAGAGGAUGUCUACACCAGACUGGGGGAGCUACGAGCACCAUGAUGGAGGGACCCUGCUGAUGAGCACUUCAUGACAUUCUAACGCCUUUUCUCUGACUCUACUGUAGAGUACUACAGUCAUUCCAAAUGAAUAUGAAUAAAGUGGUUAUUUUUUCCAAACCAGAAGCCUGCAUGGCCUGAUCUGACUCAGGACACUUGUAUCUUUGUGCCUUUUCCCUAAACAAACACAAGGUAUUUUGUAAAAAAAAAAAAAAUCUUCCAAUCUCGCUAUGCAAUCCUCUUCUGUAAUCAUGAUGCACUACAGUGCUACUUGUUAUACGGUUCACACAGUCAAAUCCAGAAUGCCAACAGAAUGUAACCUUACAUGUUCCUAGAUAUAUGACCAGUUAGUAUAUGCUCACAUACUAGAUGUUUAACUGAUACCUAUGUAAAUAUUUCUAUUAUUUACUGUAAAAUGGCCAACAAAGCAAAAUGCCACUCCAUUUAAGUACUGAAUAUAUUAGAAUAAAUAAUGUCUUCAUAAAGUUUUGGAGACUUUAUAUACAUUAUAUCAAUAUAUUUUUCUGAAUACCAUUAAUAGCAUGCAUACAGUGAUGUUAUAAAGCUUUAAAAAGCUUCUUGAGUUGAUCAUUUGGGACCACAUUUUUUAAGAUUAAUUCCUUUAUGGUCACUUGAAUGCAGACAUACUGGAUGCAUGGCUACUCAGCAAAAGUUUAUUAUAUUGUCGCUCUUAGAAUAUUUGGUCCAGUCUAACACGUUUUUAUGUUUUUCUUGGAAUACUAAAUGACAAAAUUGCACUUGUUGUUUUAUAAGUAAGACUGUGCUAAAAAGUGACAACUGUACCUUUCAAAUUCAGUCAGAGACAUCAUGCACUGCCUGUGCAGAUAUAUGCACCCCAAUGCCAUGCUGAAUGUGGUCAAAUACUGUAUUAAAAAAAGGAUAUGUAGUUGUGGUACUCUUAAUUCUGAAAUGAUAUGCCUUUUUUUCUUAUACAUUUUGUGUAUUCGUUUGUGCAUUAUUUGCCCACUACAAGUGAGGGUAUAGAAACAACAAUAUUCAAAACAUCUGCCAAAUUAUAAUUUGUGCCUGGAGUUUUUGGAUUGUGUAAACAAGUUAAUCAAACACCACAUAUUAUUUUCCUCUCAAGAGUGCCUUUCAAACAUAACUCUUAACCUUCCAAUGCCUCCUUAUAUCAUCAUAGAUGAUACCAACGUCAUUGGCUUAUCCAAAAAGCAAUAACCAGGUUCAGGGUAUAGAUCAAUGACAAAUAACUAGCAAAAUAUGGAUAAUUUUAUGUAGGUACAAUCAAGUUUGUUUUUAUAAUGUUAAAUAUCUGUUUUUACAUGUUGACCACUAAAGAAAUGUCCAAUCCUAAUGAAUAACCAAAGCUAUCUGGUUGUUGAUAUUGUGUAGAUUACGUUGUCCUCAUUGAUAUUGUUAUAAUCAAACAAAAUAAAGUGUACAAAAUGUACAUUUUAAAUCAGUAACACAUAUUAGGCCAAUGCAUUGUUUUUAGUGCUAGAGUAAAAACCAAAAUGUGCACCCCUUGGGGUCCCGAGGACAGAGUUUGAGAUACAAUGUUGCUACUUUCAAUAAUAUUGGACUAUUUUUAAAGAAAUACAUGUAUUUUGGAGCCAAACUGGUCAAACGUUACCAAAUAAAAGUUUGAUUAUA